AUGGUUCAUUGGAUACGUUUGCCGAAUGCCAUUGCACCUGAUCAAACAUACGAUAUAAAUGGCAUCUGGACUGGCAGUACAUCUAUCAUUGACGGUGUUCCAAUUAUCAUCUAUACUGGAAUCAAUGAAACCAAUGCACAAGUACAAUGUCAAGCUCGUCCAGCUAACGUCUCAGACCCAACAUUGACAGAAUGGAUUAAGUGGCCAUCGAAUCCACUUAUUACUAGUCCGAAUGGACGUGAUCCAUCGACAGCUUUUCAAGAUGAUCAUAAUAAUUACUACUUGAUCUAUGGAUUUGGCUCGGAUGAACUCGGUGGACAAGCAGUCUUAUUUACAUCCAAGGAUUUUGUGAAUUGGACGUACUUGCAUCCAAUUCACAGCAACCAUUAUGAUGUCUUUUGGGAGUGUCCAGACAUUUUCAAUGUUUCUAACCGACUCAUCAUGAAAGCAUCAUUGCGUGGACAAGACUUUUGGACUGUUGGUGAACUAGAUCCUAUAGAAAAAGUUUUUCAUCCUCUUGCUGGGGAUCUUGGCGAAUAUACACAACUAGUCGAUCAGGGGAAAUUCUAUGCAUCAAAAUCGUUUCAUGAUCCAAUUUCUGAUCGACAAGUGAUCGUAGGUUGGAUAGCUGAAGAUGAUGAUCAAGGUGAAAAACGAGGUUGGCAAGGUAUGCAUUCCCUGCCACGAUCUAUCUUUCUUUCGGAUGACGGUCUGCAACUUCGUUCACGUCCAAUACUAGCAUUGCAAAGUCUACGUAUUGAAGAAAGUCAUCGAUACUUUCAUAAUAUCGUUUUAUCAUCAAUAAUACCAUUCCAACUAGUGCCUGAUGUGAAUGGAAAUCAAAUUGAAGUGAUGAUCAACUGGCAAUUUCCAAGAGAUCAAGAUUUAGAUUUCGGAUUGAGUGUUCUUUCAACAUCGAAUGGUAACCAACGAACAAACAUUGGUGUGAUGAUGAGAGCUAACACAACGUUUAUGCCUAAUUGGGAUUUGCCUGGAUGGGACUAUUUUAGUGUACCAGGUAUUACAAAUUCGUUUGAUUGUCAAUACGCUUGCAAUCAGGAUGCUAAAUGUCGUACAUGGACCUUUGUCAGCAGUCGACAAGUAAAUAACAAUUGUUUUCUUAAAACGGGGAUACCGCAUUUGGAAGCAGACUCAACAUGUACCUCAGGUAUAAAACAACGCCAAACAAAUCAGCAACAACUUGUGUGGAUCUACAUUAAUCGAACCUUAUCACAACAAAAUCCCGGCGCAUCACGUGUUCCACUUGCUGGUACGAUCUUGUUGGAGUCUGAGUCAUUGAACAAUCAGUGGUUUCUUGGAUUACAUAUUUUCAUUGAUCAUUCAGUAAUCGAAGUGUUUGAACCACAAGGUGGUCGUAUGGCAAUCACAACGCGUGUCUAUCCAGAAGACGAUACGGCCGAACAUUUAGCAGUUUAUGUAAAUAGUGGUCCGACCACGAAUCAGAGUAUUAUAAUUGACACAUUCGACAUUUGGACUCUGAACGGCAUCUGGACGUGA